AUGGAGAAAACGGUUGAUCAGCCGGACCUGAGUAUCAUGUUGUCUUCUUGGUCUCUUUCCAGUAAGCGACCUUCAGUACGCCCACCAAAAGAGCUCGCGAAGACGAAGGUGGAACUGGGCAAAUGGCAUCGUGACAGACUGGCAGACCAGCCGUUUAGCCUAACUUGGAAGGAAGAAUACGUCUAUAUGACCUGCAGCUCUGACAGGAUUUGCGUGUACAGGUUACCCCUAAAGACGUCACGAAGCUCUAUGAGCGAACAAAAGGGACACACCGCAACAAAGGUCACUCAGCCCAGUAACGAAAUCACACUGCCGCGGACAGCGCGUUGCCGUCGAGUUCAGUUCUUCCCAAGUAAUGUGGCAGAAUUGGAUGGUGUUAUCAUCAUUGGUCCUCGGGAUGGCGAGCGAUCAGCUAGCCCGAUAGCGAUCAAUCUACCUUCUGGAAGCCUUGGUGUCUGGAAGACAGUCGAAAAGGCGGAUGACUUAGAUGUGUCGGAAGAAGAUUACCGCAAAGGCGAAUCACAAUUCGAGACUUUCGACAACGAGGAUGAUUGUGAUCUCAUUCCCUUCGAUCCCAAAUUUAGGGUUUAA